ACCAGGUAGUCUAUCUUAUUCACACAGAAACACCUGGGGGUUAGACACAAUAUUAAUUAUUCCGAUGAAUUCCGACAUAGCGCUGCUUGUGGAAAUUGAACUCUUGUCACACACUGAUUUGUCUUUUAAUAUUGUGACUGAAAACAGACAUAUAAAAGCAAACGAAAGUCAGUUCGAUGUAAGAAACAGCAUGGAAGGACGACCAAGACUAAAGGAGACGGAGCUUCAUGGGGAAAAUGAUGCUCGAGCAGAGUUAACAGCAAAGGCCCAUAUGUUACUUGUGGUGAGACAAGACAUGUUCUAAAAUCUCUGAAACCUUGUUCUUUAAGGAAUAACCAUGUUCUACAGCAUAUGGUACAACAAACCAGCCCAUCAAAUGAUGACAAGAGGAAGAAAAUAGUGGGUCUUCUAGCAGUGCUUGAUGCUCUUCAAUGCAAACACAUUGGCGUGGAUGGCAAGGCCUACAAUAACAGCUUUUUACGUUUUGAGGAAGCCAUGGAACUUUUCUUUGCACAUCACAACAAUGGUCAACCAUUCAUUAAUACAGACAAGGAUAAGUUUUUGUAUGCCUUUUAGAUGAAGGAUGGGGUCUCUGUGUUUACAUCGUGUUUGUGGAAUAUUUAAAGGCUUGUUGUAUUAAGACCGGACUCAUGCAAUCUAGAUACAUUCCUUGAUAUGUUAUCCAAGGCCUAGUAGCAUGCUAGAAGGCACAUUACAGCUGCAUGCUGAAAAUGGUCAUGAAAUACUGGCUACUGUUGACACAGAAUGGGACCGGAAGGUUGCUCAGGUUUUGCUAGCAUCAGAACGAUCAAGAUCAAAAAUCAGUGAACUUGGAAUUGAUCCUGACAACAUAAUGGGUCAGAUACAUUGA